UCUCACUCUAUCCCUCACCCUUUCUGGGUCACUGGUAAUCCAGCUUCCCUCUGCAAAGCACCCUGGGAAAACUUGUGUUGUUGUGUCCCCAGAGUUGACAAGUCCCUCCUGAUUUCAGACUCGGCAUGUUGUCAGACGGAACCUGAAUUCUUUCCCUCUUAAGCUGGCAAGUGACAUCUUUGAAGUCUGCUGAAGAUGAGUGCUUAUUUAGAGAAUGUAUCAAUAGGAAUGAAGAGCUCAGCUGAUGACUGUAGAUCCAUCUCAAAAGGUUUUUUUUUAGGUCCUGUUCGCAUUUGAUGACCAUCCUUGGAGAAACACAGGAGGAGGAGGAUGAGAUCCUUCCAAGGAAAGACUAUGAGAGUUUGGAUUAUGAUCGCUGUAUCAAUGACCCUUACCUGGAAGUUCUGGAGACCAUGGAUAAUAAGAAAGGUCGCAGGUAUGAGGCGGUGAAGUGGAUGAUGGUGUUUGCCAUUGGAGUCUGCACCGGGCUGGUGGGUCUCUUCGUGGACUUCUUUGCACGGCUCUUCACCCAGGUCAAGUUCGGAGUGGUGCAGGCGUCUGUGGAGGAGUGCAGCCAGAAAGGCUGCCUCGCCCUGUCCCUGCUUGAACUCUUGGGUUUCAACUUGACCUUUGUCUUCUUCGCGAGCCUUCUUGUCCUAAUUGAGCCAGUGGCAGCAGGUUCGGGGAUACCUGAGAUCAAAUGCUACCUGAAUGGUGUGAAGGUGCCUGGAAUCGUGCGUCUCCGGACCCUGCUCUGCAAAGUCUUUGGAGUGCUGUUCAGUGUGGCUGGAGGGCUCUUUGUGGGGAAGGAAGGCCCCAUGAUCCACAGUGGAGCGGUGGUGGGGGCUGGCCUCCCGCAGUUUCAGAGCAUCUCCUUACGGAAGAUCCAGUUUAACUUCCCCUAUUUCCGAAGUGACAGAGAUAAGCGGGACUUUGUGUCAGCUGGGGCAGCCGCCGGAGUCGCCGCGGCUUUUGGGGCCCCCAUUGGGGGUACCUUGUUCAGUCUGGAGGAGGGCUCGUCCUUCUGGAACCAGGGACUCACGUGGAAAGUGCUCUUCUGCUCCAUGUCUGCCACCUUCACCCUCAACUUCUUUCGUUCUGGGAUUCAGUUUGGAAGUUGGGGUUCCUUCCAGCUCCCUGGAUUGCUGAACUUUGGCGAGUUUAAGUGCUCUGACUCUGAUAAAAAAUGUCAUCUCUGGACAGCUAUGGACUUGGGUUUCUUCAUCGCCAUGGGGGUCGUUGGGGGCCUCCUGGGAGCCACAUUCAACUGUCUGAACAAGAGGCUUGCAAAGUACCGUAUGCGAAACGUGCACCCGAAACCUAAGCUCGUCAGAGUCUUGGAGAGCCUCUUGGUGUCUCUGGUGACCACCAUGGUGGUGUUUGUGGCUUCCAUGGUGUUAGGAGAAUGCCGACAGAUGUCUUCUGCAAGUCAAGUCGGUAACGACUCCUUCCCGCUCCAGGUCACUUCAGAAGAUGUGAAUUCAAGUAUCAAGACCUUUUUUUGUCCCAAUGAGACCUACAAUGACAUGGCCACACUCUUCUUCAACCCCCAGGAGUCUGCCAUCCUUCAGCUUUUCCACCAAGAUAGUACUUUUAGCCCCAUCACUUUGGCCUUGUUCUUCAUCCUCUAUUUUGUGCUUGCGUGUUGGACUUACGGCACUUCUGUUCCAAGUGGCCUUUUUGUGCCUUCCCUGCUGUGUGGAGCUGCUUUUGGACGUUUAGUUGCCAAUGUUCUCAAAAGCUACAUUGGACUGGGCCAUAUCUAUUCAGGGACCUUUGCCCUGAUUGGUGCCGCGGCUUUCUUGGGUGGGGUCGUACGUAUGACCAUCAGCCUCACGGUCAUCCUGAUUGAGUCCACCAACGAGAUCACCUAUGGCCUUCCCAUCAUGGUCACCCUGAUGGUGGCCAAAUGGACAGGGGACUUUUUCAACAAGGGCAUUUAUGACAUCCAUGUGGGCCUGCGAGGCGUGCCGCUUCUAGAAUGGGAGACGAAGGUGGAAAUGGACAAACUGCGAGCCAGCGACAUCAUGGAGCCCAACCUGACCUACGUCUACCCGCACACCCGCAUCCAGUCUCUGGUCAGCAUCCUGCGCACCACCGUCCACCACGCCUUCCCUGUGGUCACGGAGAACCGGGGCAACGAGAAGGAGUUCAUGAAGGGCAACCAGCUCAUCAGUAACAACAUCAAGUUCAAGAAGUCUAGCAUCCUCACGCGCGCCGGCGAGCAGCGCAGACGGAGCCAGUCCAUGAAGUCCUACCCGUCCAGCGAGCUGCGGAACAUGUGCGAUGAGCACGUGACCUCUGAGGAGCCCGGCGAGAAGGAGGACCUCCUGCAGCAGAUGCUCGAGCGGAGAUACACUCCCUACCCCAACCUAUACCCUGACCAGUCCCCGAGCGAAGACUGGACCAUGGAGGAGCGCUUCCGCCCGCUGACCUUCCACGGCCUGAUCCUGCGCUCGCAGCUCGUCACCCUGCUCGUCCGAGGAGUUUGUUACUCUGAAAGCCAAUCGAGCGCCAGCCAGCCGCGCCUCUCGUACGCCGAGAUGGCCGAGGAUUACCCGCGGUUCCCUGACAUCCAUGACCUGGACCUGACCCUGCUGAACCCGCGCAUGAUCGUGGACGUCACCCCGUACAUGAACCCCGCGCCCUUCACUGUUUCCCCUAACACCCAUGUCUCCCAAGUUUUCAACCUGUUCAGAACGAUGGGCCUGCGGCACCUGCCCGUGGUGAAUGCAGUGGGAGAGAUCGUUGGGGUCAUCACACGACACAACCUGACGCACGAGUUUCUGCAGGCCCGGCUGCGGCAGCACUACCAGACCCUCUGAUGGCCCAGCUCGGCCCCGCCGCCACGUGCCAGCCCAUCCUCUCCGGGAGCUGCCUUGGGAGGCAGCGGCUCAGGCUCCGCCACCAUGGCUGGCCAGGGCUGUUCCUGGGCACGGAAGAUUCCCAGUCACCUGCUCGCUUGGAAAGCCCACAAUCAUCGAACACUUUGCCGUCAGAGCUCCUGGGGUGGUAUCGAACCGUCAGAAUCUGGACUUGUCCUACUUCUCAGCAAGUAUCCUCCCGUUUCCUGCUCCCUGUGUUCCUCCAUCUAGUGCUGGCACAGGCCCCAGGCCCUCCUCCCCGCUGGCACUGGGACCAGAGGGAAAGUCAGGCCUCACCCACUGGAGGGUGGCACUCGGAGCAGUGGCACCUCCUCUUUGCUACUUUCCUCGGGAACCCAGCUGUGGCCUUAAACCAUCUUGGGAGGGACUUUGGCCAAGGCAAACACUGGGGGGAAUGCCAGUUGCAAAAUUCAAUGAAUUACUAAAUGGAGGAAUUAGGCCCUGAGAAAAUUACACAUAUUUCAGGGAGGCCCUUCUCCACUGGGACUCUUAAGUUGACAUCUUCACCAGUUCAUUUUGAGGGAAGUUCUGCUUCUGGGUGUGAGCUGGUGCUCUGGUCCCGCCCCUGUGAUGUGAAUCUCCCUAGAACCACCACCCUCCAGAAGCACAAAGCAUUCAAAUCCCACUAAUAGUCUCUGAACGAUAAAGCUAACAAUAGGGUCAGAUUUACAUCUGCCCCAGUUCUGAACGUUUUGGCUUCAUCUCCACUUUCCAGAUUACCUAUGGUCUCCUAGUGCCACGUUUUCACCCUGGUCCUUUUCUUCUCCAUCGAAUUACUAAACUCUCCAUAAGUUUUACCUGCAUCUCCUGUUGAAGCAGCCACAGCCCAGAGGAUCUUGGCAUCCCCCCUAACAUCAGGGCAUCCCCAGAUAAAACUGCUUCACUUGACUCUGGGGAAUGGUGCAGUUAUUCAUAAGAUGGAAAGAAGUGAAUCCUGAACCAGGACCACUAACAGGUACAUGAUGCAGCUUAAAAAGCCAGAGUGUGACAGUACAGCGGAUUUUUAUUCAAGGAAUAGGGUGUCUGCCCUUCACAAGUAUCUCUCACUUGCCUGCUGCUGGCAUCCCCAGCCUACCGAGGGGCUCAGCAUUGGAAACCUGAGAAGGGGUUAGCGGUGGGGAGAGGCGGAAGAGCUUCCUGCCAGCACGUGCCCCAAGGUUUUAGCGUCAGACAUAGGAAUCCUCCUUCUCUCUUUCAGGGACUUAGUUUCCCUCCAGGCUGGCUGGUCCUCUCUGAACAGGCACCCAGAGUGAGCAUUUGCACUCACUUUCCUCUUCUGCUCUCUCUGCACAAUUAGUAGCAUCUUAGGCACACCUGGCAGCCCUGCGGCAGAUGUGCUUGGAGGCUCGAGAUGGCAUCCGUUGGCUUUAAGUUAGUUGUUUUUUCUUUUUAAAUCAUGGAAGUUGCCUGAGGGCAUCAGUGCCAGGCCCCAGCAACCCUGUUCUCUCCCCUCAGCCUCCCGACUUUGUUGCCAAGGCAGCCUUUCAGCCUGGAGCUGGGUGUCAGCCCGGCUUUGCUGGCUCAGGUCUUGUGCUCCACACCCUCUAGGGAAUGACUCCACCUUCGCCCGGGGGCUGCUUCAGCGUAGUUCCCAACCGACUGCCAUUGCGGCCUGUCCAUUCCUCCCGUUUCCUUCUCUCUUUGACCAGAUUACUCUGACCUAUAGAAUUUUCCACUUCUUUAGGUGCACUUGACUUAUGAAACACAAAUGAAAUUCCCCAUAAGUAGUCUGGGAAAUCUCAAGGACCAAAAAGGCAAGCCCUCUAAAUGUGAUUGUGUUCAGCCAGCUGCCUCUAUUUUAAGGUAGCAUUCAGAACUUGACCGCAUUAUUUCUUCCUUUUAUCAAGAAGGAAACCAAUGUCCAGGUCAGGUGAGUGGCAUGACUGCCCAUCCCAGAAACCUGCUCUCCUAUUCCCUCCCCUUUCCUGUCCUGACACUGGCAGGGCUGAGGUCCAGAGGGCAGAGUCCCAGGCUGCUGGCCUGCAAGCCUCCCUGGGGGAUUGGUGUUGGAAUGUGUCCCUCCUGCACAUCCUGUUACGUUUAAGUCACCAGAUAUUUUGUUCCCAUCGAUGUAGCCCAGAGGUAGACGGCGGCGUGCGGACGCCUCCCUCUCCCUGAGCAGACUGGGUGGUCUCCAGCCCCAGCCCUUCUGGAAAGGCACGUGCUUUCCUGCCCCCUCCUGGCGUUUGCCCUUUGCAGACAAGCCCAAAGACAAGCACGGCGCCCUCGUAACAAAAUAACUGUGAGCCUCACUCCUGUGAUUUCUGCUGGUUAGAAACCUGGAUUUCAAAAUCUCGCCUGUUACCAGCCCGGUCACCUCCCAGUGACAUGGCACCUGGAUAAACAGAAAUCUUCAGGGGCCGGGUCUGGGAUUGCCUGGAGGUGAUUUCACAUUUUCCUGGAGGUGAUGGGGGAGGGGGGCGAGAGUCCCGACCCGACUGUGGGACCUUUGUGCUCUGGCGGCGGGGGGGGGGGGGGGGUGAUCUGUGUAACUAACGGUUCCUGACUGGAAUGGACACUUGCUUACUUGACCCAGCUGACCACAUGACAUUUCUGAUGCAAAAUCACUCGCUGACAAUGGCUCUUGCAGAUGAGAAAGCCUCCGGAAAGGCCAGCAGCGCCCUCCCGGGCCCGCAGUACUGACGCGCAGUGUUGCCCCACAGCUCGUGGACUUUGGUCAUUUCGACAGUAGCAGCUUCCUUUCUGUUUGCACUGUUUGUGUAUAUGGUAACGUUAGCUAAUUCUACUGUGUAUAUAAAUUGUAUUUUUUUUUAAUUUGUAAAAUUCUAUUUUUAUUUGAACUCUUGGAACUUGGAAGUUCUCGUAACCGUUAACGUCAGAAUAAAAGUGUCUUCAUGCAUCU